AUGUGCCAAAUUCAAGGUGAAAUCUGCACGAUGAGAUUUAACUUUACAGGCACGGCUGCGGGCUUGGCUGCGCUCACAUUAGCUGCACCAACUACUUUGGUUCGCCGCAGCGGAAACAAUACAGAUGUCGGGGUGCUACAGUUCGCCCUGACUUUGGAACACCUAGAGAACGCCUUUUACAAGCAGGCAGUCUCAACGUGGACGCUGGAAGACUUCGUCGCGGCCAACUUUUCAGAGAGCUUCUUUUCACAGGUGAAAUAUAUUACGCACGAUGAAGAGAGGCACGUGAUUUUUCUAGAGGAUGCACUUCGCGCCGCAGGUGCAGAGCCAGUUCCGGCUUGCAGUUACCAAUUUAACCUUUCGGGACCGCAAGAUUUUAUUGCAAAGGCAGCGAUUAUCGAAGGUGUAGGCGCGAGUGCGUACGCGGGCGCUGCGCCUUUGAUAGGGUUCAAACAGUACCUGACUGCCGCUGCAUCGAUUUUGGUUACAGAGUCGCUGCACCAAAGCGCGUUACGGAGUGCGGUCGGAGAAGUGCCCAUGGCGAACCCAUUUGGCACUCCACUAGGCGUGCGAGCCGUGUACUCUGCGGCGUCACAGUUUAUCGUGAGCUGUCCUGACGCAGCUAAGCUCAACGUGCAAAGUUACCCAGUGCUCACGCUCACCCAAGGCUUGCCGUUGGCACCCAACGAGUCCGCCACGUUUAAUGUUGCAGCAGGCGGGCCCACGCUACCCUCGACAGCGUGUGUCACCUUCUACUCGGGACUUGACAUGGUACCGGUCGCUGCGUCGGUUUCUGGUAAGCAGAUCACGUGCGUCGUACCCUCGCAGGCCUCAGGACAGUCGUACGUUUUUAUCUCGUCUGACAGAUCCUCUAAUCUAACUGAUGCGAAUAUCUUGUACGGGCCAGCGAUCGUCGAAGUGACUCCCGGAAGCCCCACUUUCAACGUUUCUGUGACCUGA